AUGUCUGGGAAGAAAUGCAAGCACUGUGGAUCCUCAGAGAUAGAGGUGGACCCAGCUCGCGGAGAUGCUGUUUGUACAAAUUGUGGAACAGUACUAGAAGACAAUAUUAUUGUAGCAGAAAUUGAAUUUCAAGAGAAUGCCCAUGGUGGUGCUUCAGCAAUAGGCCAGUUUGUGUCUGCAGAGUCUAAAGGAGGUGCUACUGGGUUUGGAAGAGCAUUCAAUGGUGGUAUUGGUCAAGAAUCUAGAGAAAUCACUUUAAGAAAAGCAAGAGAAGGCAUUACAGCGUUGUGCCAACAACUACGUCUCAAUCAGCAGUGUAUAGAUAUUGCAUGCAAUUUCUAUAAAAUGGCUCUAUCACGGCAUCUUACUAUAGGCAGACCUUCAAGCCACACACAGGCCGCCUGUGUGUACAUGACCUGCAGAACUGAGGGGACAGCUCACCUUUUGAUAGAUGUUAGUGAUGCAGUACCAAUAUGUUGUUACCAAGUGGGCCGCACUUACUUCAAGUUGUCCAGAGCACUAUGUAUUAACAUUCCACCAACUGGUAAGUUAAUAAUGUUCAUAAUUUGA